GCAGCAGACACACAGCGCGGGGAGGAGGAGGGGGAGGUCCGGGCUGCCUCCUGUGCUCCCUCCUCCUCCUCCCCCAGCUCUGAGCACUCACACUCAGCUCUGAUCCGCUUUGCAGCCCGGAUAACGGAACGUGGAGCAGCCGCCAUGGGAGUGGAAGGAUGCAGCAAAUGCAUAAAGUACAUGCUAUUCGUCUUCAAUUUCAUCUUCUGGCUGGCAGGAGGUGUCAUUCUUGGAGUUGCCCUGUGGCUCCGACAUGAGCCAAAAACAUCCAACCUUUUGAUCCAGCAGAUUGGGGACAAGCAGGUACCAGCGACCUUUUACAUCGGCAUCUAUAUAAUCAUUGCUGUUGGUGCUGUCAUGAUGUUUGUGGGAUUCUUGGGAUGUUAUGGAGCCAUUCAGGAAUCCCAGUGUCUCCUGGGAACGUUCUUCGCCUGCUUAGUGAUCCUGUUUGCAUGUGAAGUGGCCGCCGGUAUCUGGGGAUUCGUAAAUAGGGAACAGGUGUCGAAAGAGAUAAAACAGUUUUAUGAUGAAGCUUAUGAGCAAGCCAAAAAUGGAAAGCAGGAGGAGAAAGAGAAGGCUAAACCUGUGAUCAAAGUUUUUCAUGAGACCCUGCAGUGCUGUAAAGAGGAAUCCAAAUUGUUGUUUAUCUCAGGAGAUAACCUUUGUCCGGCUGGAAUAAAAGAUGUGGAUUGCCAUGAGAGAAUUGACGCUCUAUUCCAAUCUAAACUGCAUUUGGUGGGCAUUGCAGCUGCUGUGGUGGCUGUUAUUAUGAUCAUCGAGAUGAUAUUUAGUAUGGUUCUGUGCUGUGGCAUUCGGAUCUAUUCUGUGUACUGAGGACCCUGCGGCUUCCCCUGUGUAAAUAACAUCACAUCUUCUACUCUUCUCCUCCCUCCCCUGUCUGUGUCUUUUUAUUAACACUUGUUACCCGCUGUUAUGGAGCCUGUGCAGAGGUUCAGAAAACCCAGAAGAGAGGCUGAAGUUACUUACAGAAGGGGAUCUCUUUCCUCUAUGCUGUCCUGGCCCGGAGGUACUCAGGAGUUGGGGUCCUAGAGAAUGUACUUGGUUUUAGGGCUCUCACUCCUAGCACUGCCUUUGCGUGAUGACCUGUCUACUGCCGCGAAAUAGGGCCCUGCUGAGUUGACUUACCUUUCAUAUGGAGUGGAUGGUCAUUCUGUACAGUAGAGUACUUCAUCUCCAUUACCCUUUUUCUCUUGAUCUCUGCCCGCUCCUGUGUAAAAUAUGUUGUAUUAGUACUGUUGGGCGAAGGACCAAUCCCAACAAACUCCCUUUCCCUGCACGACCCCUCCAUGCAGUCUGUCAUCAAAUAAAACAAUGAAUAUAUAUAUAUAUAAACAUGUAUAAAUAUUCUCAUUAAAGUACUUUAUGGGGCCUUUUUCCCCCCAACACCA